AUGGAAUAUCAUUUUGGGGAAGAAAGCAAUCUGGGUUGGUCAAUCAUGUCGACUGUCCGCCUCAUACUGAUUGAGCCCAAUGCCCAUUAUUUGGGAAGAAGCAGUAGCAGCGUGCUCUGUCUUCUCGCUUUUGCAGCCAAUUUGGGGUCUACUCCCACGACGCCCUACGCGGCUAUGGAGACAUGUGAAUUCGUAGGUGUUAUUUGGGUGGCCAAAGAAGGACAAAUUGCCGCCGGCCGAUGCUGUGGUGGUCCCGGUCAUUUGCGGAAGUUUUGCCAACAGGCCAUGCCUAUUUGA